AUGAAGAGUGCCGGCCUAGACCCCGUCGUUGCACUCAAGGACUGUCUCUGUGAAGGAGCUCAUAAUUAUGGGAAGACGGACCUUACAGCGUUCCAGAAAGAAGCCCUUGAGCUUAUCGAGCAACAUUGUCUCCCGGGUUGUUAUGACUUCUGCACCCUCAUCGGAUUUUUAGAUCUUAAUCCGCAGAUAAUGAGCGCGCUUCGGAAGCAGGUUGAUGAUGAAGUUCUAGAUAUCGACAGACGACUCAAUGACAAAACUCUCACUGACAUAGAUAUGGCACAGCUUAAACUGGCAAAGAUGAAGCGAUACCUUACAGCAGGAUUGUGUGCAGAAGCACAGGCUGCUCUGAAUGAAAUCCACAUCCCUUUGGUCUCCAGUGAUGCCGUGUUUUCAUGUUACUUGUCGUUUUUACGGCUCGCCUAUUUCUACCACGAUAAGGACCUCUAUAGCGUUUACUUACAGAAGUGCAAAGAGAUUUUAGACAACGUCAGCUAUGAGAAUAGGUCUAUCUAUGGGUUUUAUUUAAGCUUUGGGUUGAUCAUGGGGUUCUUAGACAUGAACAUAGAAGAUAAUGAUCAAUAUAACGCAUUCACCUAUAAGCAGUCCUCUGGCACAGCUCUAGAUAAGUAUGGGAUAAUGACACGCGUUGCCUCCCUUCUGCACGCAGUUGUACCAACCUACUCUGCAGAGGCCUUACUCCCCUAUGAGGACUUCAUUGUUGUUGCUCUGCUGAUGAAUCUGGUGGUGCUUCCACGGAAAGAUUUUUUGGCUCUGUUGCAGACGUCCUCUGAUACGCUAACUAUUAUCUCUAACACGCCAUACCUCACAGACGCCAUAGAGUGUGUGCAGCAAUGCAGAUACAGCGCACUAAAUGAGACCCUACUGAAAAUAUACUCACUUUGUCGCCGCAGCUCCUUUCUCAGGAUGUGUAGUGCAGCCAUCACAAAGGAGUACAGAGCCCUGAUGAUAAAGCAGCUUCUACGGUCCUAUAUCAACGCUAGCAUACCUCAGCUAGCAACUGCCCUAAAGAUGCCCGUGGACAUCCUGCAGCAGGAGAUAGAGAGGCUGAUUGUUACCAAGCGCCUCACUUACCGCAUUGAUCAGCCCACGGGCAUCAUGGAGGAAGUUGCUGUGGAUGAUUAUGACAAAGCAUAUCUGGCAUUUCUUCACUCGUCCACGCGGCUGACCAAGAGGUUGGACCAUCUUAGAAAGCUGCUGUGUGAAUAG